AUGGGCGUAACCUUGGUCUCCAUCAGUCGUCUCACGGCAGCCGGAUAUGCUGCAUUGUUCCGCGCGAACUCUUGCAAGAUCUUCAGUGAUACGAAGAAGCUAUUGGGGGAGGUCCCAGUCUCAAAAGGACUAUACUGCGUCAAGGGCCCCAGGAAGUUAUUUGCUGGACUCGCAAAUGCAGAUGAAACACUCACCAUGCGUGAAGUACACGCCAGACUUGGCCAUAUCUCCCCGGACAGCAUCGCAAGGAUGAUACGCGAUGGUGUCAUCACUGGAAUCAAGCUAGAUCCCUCAGACGCAACGAUGGACAAGUGCGACUCUUGCGAGUACGCAAAAGCCACCUGCAAACCAAUUGGCAAAAUCCGCGACCCUCCGAGACGGGAGAAGUUUGGCGAUGAAGUCCAUAGCGACCUGUGGGGUCCAUCUCCCAUACGAACACCUGGGCAUAAAGAGUACUUCGUGUCAUUCACAGAUGAC